AUGCGUGAUGACCACUGGUAAAAGGUUAGAUCGCCGAACCAUUGCGACGGUUUGCCUUGUGGCUGCUCUGCGGCAUCCUGCCUUCUGGCGCAUUUUGCCCGUGUUUGCUUGCCUGCAGUGGAACCGAAGGAGGAGCCUCCAAUGGGGCGAAGUGCUGCUCUACAUAAAACU